CAACCCCAGCGCCUCCCUCCCCGCCUGCACUGGCUUCAGGCGGAGGGCGCCCUCCCUCUGUUGGAGCCCUGAAGGGACAAAAGCCAGGAUGGAUGAUCAAGCAUGGUAUUUGAGAACCUCAAAGCUGGCUCUGGCUGUGGCCAUUAUCCGCUCAAAACCAGCAGGCAAAAGCAGCAGAGAGUACACAGAGCACCUUGCCAAGGCGGUGUCUGAGCAGGAGUCAGUGUGGAGGCCCAGAGUCGAAGCCUUGGAAUCUGAGGUUCUGCAAUUACGUCAAAAACUUCUUCUGAGCAGGGUGUAUUCAGGAUUGCUUAAGAGUGGAGACCCAUCUUCCCAAUUGCAGGCUCAGGAACCUAGCAGUUCUGAAAAUACAUUAAAUCUGCUGGAAGAUUCUGGGUGUGACUUAUCAAAUGAGCAGAGAAGUGAACCUUCAGAGGCGUCCCAGAAUUUUGUGGAGAGCUGCACCCCCACACCCUCUCUACCGCUGCCUAUCGUGAGAAGACAUUGUGCCACUCUGGAAAACCCUCUGUCUUCCCACAUGCAAUUCUUGCAACAUCUGCUUGAACUGAAGAACUUGAAAGGAUCAGGGAGUCUGAAAACAGACUUAAGCCACUUUGAAAAUGACUUCUCCACAGUAUCUUAUUCUGUUUGUCAGUUGCUGGAUGGCCUGAUCACUUUUUACCGUAAACCCAAAUUUCCUUUUUCAAGCUUUUGGGCGGACGCUGUUGAUACUUUAGCUGGACUGAUCAGUGAUUGUAACUUAUCCGAUCAUAUUCUUAAAAAGUGUUCCAAGAAGUUGGAAGAAUUUGAGAAAACCCUACUACAGGUUAUCUUACAGAGCAGCCAUAUAAAUCGGUUUCAGGUGCAGCAUUAUGUGUCCAAGAGUAUGGUAACCCUGGGAAGUUGCCACUUGUUGAGAAAAUCUAUGAUAUAUCAGCUUUUAUCGGAAGUGAACAGCUUCGCUGACAUUCUGGGUACCAUCAAUCAGAUGCAAGCCAGUUAUGUGACACACUAUGAAAAUAUUUUCUCCCUGUUCUGGGUUCUGGAGCAGCUUCUUCAAAAGGAAACCAAAGAAGGCAACCCUUCAGGUAUAGGGCCUGAUGACCAAGAAGUCAAGAAAUUUCUUCAAAAGCAUGAUGAAACUAUUUUCCAACUCUCUGAUGCAUUUCCUUUAUUUACCUUUUAUUUAUGGAGACUAGGCAUUCUCUUAAACUCAGUCGAAACUUGAAAAUAACUUACUUCCUUAGCAGUUUACUAAAUGUCAGAAGCAUAUGGAAGUAUGAAGAUCUUCUGCUUAAAAGAUUUCAAGAAUGUUUUUUAAAUGACAUUUUAAAUGGGUCUCUAAACAUAAUCAUUAAUUUAGUAGUUUUAAAUUGUGUAUAAAAGAUUAUGAGGCACAUUUCUAUAAUAAAAUCAGCCAGUUUCAGCUGAGAAUGCCCUUAUUUCCAUGUAGCUGUAUUUUAUAAUAUAUUACUCAAUAUAGCCUAGCUCUAUUAUUCUCUGUAAUGGACCAUUAAUUGUCUGUCUCAUAAGUGAUAUUUACAUUUUAAAAGAUUUAUAUGUAAUAGAUACUAAAAGGGAACAGAUCUUAAAAGUUUUGUUGCUUUAUCAACAGUCUUUAAGUGGUUAUAAAUGAAAUUUUUAAAACAUUCUUUCUACAUAGUUUCACACCCAUCAUUGUCUAUCAUCUUAGAGGGAGUCAUGUAGAAGAGUCUUUAACAUUUAUAGACCUAAUGGCCCUCAAUAUCACAAAAUGAACAUAUCUGUCAAGUCAUCUGAAAGUACUAUUUCAUUGCUUGUAAUGUUGUUUGUUUUACAAGUGUUGGUUUUGAUUUUGUUUGCUAUAUAUACUAUUCCUGUUAUUGUAAAAAUGUAGUUAAGUCAUUAAGGAUAUUUUUGUAAAUCUAACAUCUGUCCAAAAUAUACUUUAUACUUAUUGAAAGUAUAUUUAUACUUAUUAAAGUUUUAGUUGAAUUUUCCA